AUGCUGAAGUGGAGAGACAGGCAGGUAUCCCUGGCCAAUUGGCCUGAAUUCAGUAACCAUGAUAUGAUUCCUGCGCAGUACAGUGAUAGUAUGGAGGCUGAAAUUACUGAGUCUGAAAUCCGUCAAGCUGUGUUUAGUAUGGGCAGUAACAGAGUGCCAGGGAUUGACGGUAUAACCUCUUCCUUUUUGAAAUUUUAUUGGGAGAUUAUAAAGAAAGACGUGACUAGUGCUAUUUUGCAUUUUUUUGACACUAAUGUGAUGUGCCAGAACUGGAAGGAAACCCUUGUGGUGUUAAUUCCAAAAAUGGAGAAUGCUAAUAUGCCAUCAAAGUUUAGGCCGAUAAGUUUAUGUCAAUAUUUUUAUAAGAUUGUUGCUAAAGUAUUGAUUAACCGCCUAAAACCUGUGCUGAGUACUAUCAUUAGUGAGGAGCAGGGGGCUUUUGUUCCAGGUCGAUCUAUAUCCAGUCAUGGGCUGAUGGCACAGGAAAUGAUGAGUAAGUUUAAGUACUCUAACCAAAAAUAUGGACUUAUGGCUUUGAAGAUUGAUAUGGAACAGACGUACGGUUGUAUGUCAUGGGAAACACUGCAGGAAGUUAUGAAUUUGAUGGGCUUCAAGAAGAGAUUUAUCACUUGGGUUGUGCAGUGUAUUUUUGAGCCAAAGUUCACUUUGCUGAUGAAUGGGAACAGGACAAGGUGGAUUGAUGCUAAGAAAUCCAGCAGGUGCAAUGACCGUCGGAUUAUGGAUCUAUUGGGAGACUAUUGUUGCUGGACUGGACAGAAAAUUAAUUGUGGCAAGUCUGUUAUUCUUUUUAACAGAAAGUGCCCAAGUUGGAGGAAGAGGAUGAUUGCUAGAAUGAUGGGAUAUAAAAAGGUUGAUUCCCUGGAAUACCUUGGCCUUCCUCUUGUCAUGAGGAGGUUGAAUGGGGCUGAUUUCUCCAAAAUUAUGAGAAUUGCAUUUGAGAAGAUUAACCUCUGGGGCAAAAAACAUCUUUCACUUGCUGGCAGGGCUCUCUUGGUUAGAAUUUCAUUAUUAUCUGUUCCUAUGUAUGCUAUGACCCAUACUUCUAUUCCUAAUGGAGUUCUUAUGGCUAUUGAAAAAAUGGGGAGGCGGUUUUUAUGGCAGAAAGAUGCUAGCAGUCGUGGGAUGCAUUAUAUUGGGUGGAAGGAAUUGUGCCAACCAACGGAGUACGGGGGGCUUGGCUUUCACUGUCUUACUCGGUGGAAGGGGGCCUUGCGUGCACGGGCGGUGUGGGAUCUCUUUCAGAAUAAGGAUUCUAUUCUUUACAAGGUGUUGAUGGCAAGGUAUGGUAUGAAGUUAUGGGAAUAUGAUCAUGGGAAGAAAGUCUCUGUUACUUGGAAGGUGAUCCAAGAUGGUGCUAAGGUGUUGAGAUUGAUCCUCAGGUGGAGCAUUGUGGAUGGAAGCCAAAUUGAUGUGAUGCAUGAUGUGUGGAUUAUGAAUCGUAAUAUUGCUAAGUGGCCAACAUUUGUUAACAUUGAAGAAGUGGAAGAUAUGAAGGUCUGUAACUUGCUGAAUAACUCAUUUCAGUGGAAUGUAGAGAUGGUUAAGCAUUGUUUUGGGAAUACUAUGGCUGAACGUAUCUUAGCCAUUAAUAUCUCCAAUGAGAGUCAGGAGGAUAACCCAGAACUCAUCUAUUCCAGGUUGAGUAUGAAAGUUGCGGCAAUGGCUUAUAGAGAUAGUGAGGAGAAAGGGAACUAUGAAUUCAGUUGGUUGAAGCAACUGAAACUGCACCCACGGGAACAUUUCUUUUGGUGGAGACUAUUGAGGGAUGCCAUCCCAACCAAUUACUGGCAUUUGACGCAGCCGACAUCUCCUCCUUUCUCCUUCGUUAAUCUUCGUGACACGCACCUGGAGCUUUCCUGGUUGAUUGAAGAAACUCGUGCAUUGAGGCACUUACCACAGAACAGCUGGAUGAUGGGCCUCCCUCCUUGGUGCCGAAAGAACCAGGUACAAUCAACAUCGACAAAUGCCACCGCCUAUUCUGCUGAGGCAUUAGUUCACGCUCAGAACAAUCCACCAAAAUACCAAAAUUUAACACACGGGCUAGCCCGUUCAAACAUUCAUACUGAAUUGAUUCAACAUGCGAUAAACUGA